GUUUGCGGAAAAGACGGUCGGCAGUGAUUCGCACGUGUGUUGCGGGAAGGUGAGUGAAUAGGCGUGAAAGGCACCCGCUCGCAUCGUCGCUAUGGAUCCCGUGAAAGCUCAGCAGCUGGCGGCCGAACUGGAGGUGGAGAUGAUGGCUGAUAUGUAUAACAGGAUGACCGGCGCAUGUCAUAGGAAGUGUGUGCCGCCUCACUACAAGGAAGCAGAGCUCUCCAAGGGAGAAGCCGUCUGCCUGGAUCGCUGUGUAGCGAAGUACCUUGAUGUCCACGAGAGGAUGGGCCGCAAGCUGACUGAACUUUCCGUCCAGGAUGAGGAGUUAAUGAAAAAAAUGCAGCAGGGUAACAUGCCUCAAUGAUAAUGUGAGAAUAACAACCAAAACGAAGGACUUUGAUUUAAGGGUUAGUUUUUGUUUUUUUUGUUUUUUUGAUGGCUGCCCAUGGCCAUUGGGAAAGACCUUUUUAACUGAUUUCACAAGCAACCUCCCACUGGACAAUUUGAAGAAGUUCCUCAGCUGUAUGUGGAUUGUACAGAGUCUUGCUAAAUCGUGCACAACGUUCUGAAGAAGUUCUUGAUCAUUUAAAUGUUCGGUCAGUUAUGUAAAGUUGUGGUUAAUUUGGCAAAUGCUUUAUGGGGUGCUGCUCAUCUUUUUGAUAGGGUGGGCUGAUGAGGGUUCUGAUCAAAAGCAAAUAGUUUGCCUUCCGUUUUGUUUCUUCAUCAUAGGCCUUCAGAGAUUGACAUUUUCAUGUGGUGUUUUCUGGAUUUUGUACGGCAUUUUUAUUUCCUUGAUUUAUGCUUUGCAUAGCUGUGUUCAAAUUCCACAGUACAGUGGACAACUUUUUACAAGUAAUUUAAGGUUCUACGUGAUGUUAAAGUUGUAAAUCUUUCAAAGAGUCUCUCAAGAAAGAGUAUAUUGACCAACCAUAAGGGUGACCAGGGAUUUCUCUCCCUUAAUCUAAUCAUAAUAAUAAUUUUAGUUCAGAUUCUAAAAAUACUGGGAUUUCAGAGUUAACAGUGGGGAAAUCCUCCUUCUCUCUUUAUUUUUUUUUAAUUAUUAUUAUUUGGUUGGUUUGGCUGGAAACCGCUCUUCUCGAGGAUUACAAAUAUUGUUUGGAAAAUGGAGAGACACAAAAAAAUCACUGCUCACUUCUUUCCUGCUAACCAAGGAAUGACAUUAUUUAUAAAUAAAUGCCACAGUGAAUGUA